UGUGCACACAAACUGAUAAAUAGGGAAAGGCCUGCUGGGCUCCAGCUGCAGCAGAGCUGGGACCGGCGCUGCAGCCCCACGGAGCCCGCGCCGGGAGAGGAGCUCCCUGCAGCCACUGUUGCUGUUUAAAGGCUGGUCUCAGAGCAGAGUGGAUGAAGCAGUGCAGCUGGGAGCAGAGCAUGGCCAACACGUUUGUCACGGUCCCUGACGGGUACGGCCUUCCCGAGCCCCUCCAGUACUACGAUGUUUUACCGGAGCACAUCAACUACCAGCUGCAGGACCCGGAUUUCCAGGCUGCGCCGUACUGCCAGUACUCAGCAGUGCCAGUGCCCGUGCCAGCCCUGCAGCCCCAGCCUGCCCCGGGCCCCUACGGCUCCUACAGCCUGGACCCCCCGUACGGCGACGGGCCCUGCGUGGGCAGCGGCUGCGAGCUCAGCAAGGGCCCCUUCCUGCCUCCCCACGGGGAGGACGGCGGGUGCCAGGGGCUCAAGAGGCCCCGGCUGAGCCACCCGGUGAGGCUGAAGGGGCAGGAGGAGCUGUGCGUGGUGUGCGGGGACAAGGCCUCGGGGUAUCACUACAACGCACUGACCUGCGAGGGCUGCAAAGGCUUCUUCCGGCGCAGCAUCACCAAGAACGCGGUGUACCGCUGCAAGAGCGGCGGGCACUGCGAGAUGGACAUGUACAUGAGGAGGAAGUGCCAGGAGUGCCGCCUCAAGAAGUGCAGAGCUGUGGGAAUGCUGGCAGAAUGUUUGCUGACUGAAGUCCAGUGCAAGUCAAAGCGACUCAGGAAGAAUUUCAAGCAGAAGAGCAGCUUCCUUUGCAACAUAAAGCUGGAAGAUGAGGGACUGAAUAGUAAGCAAGUAUCAUCUACAACAAGAUCUGGAAAACAGAUCGCAGAGAAGAUGGAACUUACUCCAGGAGAACAUCAGCUUCUUGACCACAUUGUAGCAGCACACCAAAAAUACACAAUUCCCCUUGAGGAAGCCAAGAAGUUUCUACAGGAAACUGCAAGUCCUGAGGAAAGUUUCCUCCACCUGUCUGAGACGGCCGUUGUCCAUGUCCAGGUGUUGGUGGAUUUCACAAAAAGACUGCCAGGGUUUGAGAGUUUAGCCAGUGAGGACCAGAUUGCUCUGCUGAAAGGGUCCACAGUGGAGGCAAUGUUCUUGAGAUCAGCCCAAAUUUACAACCAAAGAAUGAGCGAGUGCCAGCCAUCAACCAGUGAAAGUCAUGUAAGACUUUCUGAUCACGGGACAUGUUGUCAUGUUCAAAGCCUUGAUAAAAACAAUAUUUAUUCCAUGGAAAUGUGUCAUAAUAAAGAGAGGCCAACUUCUACUACUACCACAGGCAUAACUGAGGAGUUCAUCACCGCCCUGUUCUACUUCUACAGAACCAUGGGGGAACUCAAAGUGACCGAGACAGAAUACGCUCUGCUCGUAGCAACAACAGUGUUCUUUUCAGACCGCCCGCUGCUGAGGGACAAGCGCCAUGUGGAGGAGCUGCAGGAGCCGCUGCUGGGGAUCCUGUACAAGCACUCGAAGCUGCAGCACCCGCGGGACCCGCAGCGCUUCGCGCGGCUGCUGGGGCGCCUCACGGAGCUGCGCUCGCUCCGCCACGCCCACGCGGGGGCGCUGCGCGCGCGGGACCCGCGCCUGGCCGCGCCGCUGCGCGACCUCUGGGACCUCCACUAGGCGCCGCCAACGCCGCCGGCCCGCGCGCCCCUUCCCGCCUCGGGUGCGCGCCGUCCUUUCCCGCCCUUUUCGCCCUCCCUCAGCGGCAGCCGUGAGGUGCCGG